AUAUAUGCUGGUACAUUCGAAAUAAAGAAGGGCCCAAACGCUCCUUCAUUCUCUGCGAGCAAAGAUUUGCGACAACCUCAAAUUGAUUCUCGAAGGGUGGUCAGAGCAGCACUGUCGGACAAAUCCGGAGAAGCGAAGCCGUUCCCGAUGGCCGCCUCCACCCUCUCCCCUCCGGAGGUCCCCAUGGAACUCCACGCCCACAACCGCGACAAGCUCGUCCGAGCCCUCCGCGAUCACCUCGCCGCCUCCUCUCGCCCCACUCGUGGAUUCGUCCUGCUCCAGGGAGGAGAGGAGCAGACCAGAUACUGCACGGACCAUGCGGAGCUCUUUAGGCAAGAGAGUUAUUUUGCUUACUUGUUUGGAGUAAGAGAGCCAGGUUUUUUUGGUGCCAUUGAUGUUGCAUCUGGAAAGUCGUUUUUGUUUGUGCCAAGAUUGCCUGCUGAUUAUGCUGUUUGGCUGGGUGAGAUAAAACCACUAUCGUUCUUCAAGGAAAGAUACAUGGUUGACUUGGUCUUUUAUGUGGAUGAGUUGGUACUGGUGCUGCAUGAUCACUCCAAUGAGCCAGGAAAGCCCUUGCUUUUUCUCUUGUAUGGACUAAAUACAGACAGCAAUAACUUCUCCAAGCCUGCUGCAAUUGAGGACAUGAACAAAUUUGACACUGAUCUGAGCACACUGCAUCCUAUUUUGACUGAAUGUCGAGUUAUUAAAUCUAAGAUGGAACUUGACCUUAUUCAGUAUGCUAAUGAUGUAAGCUCAGAAGCACAUAUUGAGGUCAUGAGACGAAUCAGAUCUGGAAUGAAAGAAUAUCAGUUGGAAAGCAUCUUCCUGCAUCAUAUUUAUAUGUAUGGUGGCUGCAGGCAUUGCUCUUAUACAUGUAUAUGUGCUACUGGUGAAAACAGUGCUGUUCUCCACUAUGGCCAUGCAGCUGCACCAAACGAUAGGAUUCUAGAAGAGGGAGACAUGGCCUUGUUCGACAUGGGAGCUGAGUAUCACUUUUAUGGUUCUGAUAUAACCUGUUCAUUCCCUGUCAAUGGCAAAUUCACAAAGGAUCAGAUUGUGAUUUACAAUGCUGUCCUUGCUGCGCACAAUGCUGUUCUACAGUCAAUGCGACCUGGAGUUUGUUGGAUAGACAUGCACAAACUGGCUGAGAAAACCAUUCUCGAGUCACUAAAGAACGAAGGAAUAGUUAUUGGUGAUAUUGACAAGAUGAUGGAAAGAAGACUUGGCGCUGUUUUUAUGCCUCAUGGACUUGGACACUUCCUUGGGAUUGACACUCAUGAUCCAGGGGGCUAUGCACAGGGAUUGGAGAGACCGAAAGAACCUGGGUUGAAGGCCUUACGAACAAUAAGAGAACUGAAAGAAAGCAUGGUGAUAACAGUGGAACCAGGAUGCUACUUCAUUGAUGCCAUGCUAGUUCCUGCAAUGGAAGAUGCAGUUACAUCAAAGUUCUUAAAUAAAAAAGAAAUAGAGAAGUACAAAAAAUUUGGUGGAGUUCGAAUCGAAAGUGAUGUGGUGGUCACAGCUGAUGGCUGCAAGAAUCUUACAAACUGCCCUCGAGAAACAUGGGAAAUCGAAGCUGUGAUGGCAGGUGCACCAUGGCCACUGGAUCAUGCUCGCUUCAAGAGUCAGAAUGGCUCCUCCGGUGCCUAAAACUAAACCUCGCACUGGCUGCUGUUUGCUGCCGAAUCUCUUUCUAUCAAAUUUGUCCGACUGUAUCGGUUCAAGAUGCAAUGUACUGAAAUAAAGCAACCUUUAUUCAAGGCUUAUGUUUAUCUCA